AUCGGCAGCACCAAACACGAAGUAACCAACUUCAUCGUAUCAGACUUGAAGACAGACGUUCCGUACAACUUCAAAAUAACAGCAAAGAACAGUGUUGGAACUGGACCACCGUAUAUAGCAGAAGAAUCGAUUGCACCUGGCAAACGAAUCACACCACCAUCGAGUCCUCAACACGUACAGGUGACGAACGUUACCAGCAAGAGUGUAACUCUCAGUUGGUCACCGCCGGCUAGCACAGGAGGCACCGAACUCACAGGAUACGUGAUCGAGAAGAGGCCACUAAUUGGAAAGGGAGCAAGAUGGACGAAAGUCGUCACUUUGGACGCCACGACGCUUCAGUAUUGCGUUGAGAACUUAAAAGAAAGCGAAUUCCUCUUCAGAAUCUUCGCUGAGAACAACGUUGGGCUCAGUACACCGACGAAUUCGGAACCAGUAACGUUAAAAACACAUGCUACUGUACCAUCACCACCCACGGCACCAUUGGAAAUCAGACAGAUCGCAGGCAACACAGUGGUGAUUUCCUGGGGCAGACCAGAGUCCGAUGGCGGGGCGCCAUUAGAGGGCUACAAAAUCGCCAUUAGGGACGCCAAGAAGACGAUGUGGAUGGAAGUAGGUCGCGUGAACGCAGACGUCCAGAAACUUAACAUCAGAGACCUCCAGGAGAACCACAUGUACCUGAUCAGAAUCUUCGCCAGGAACGAAAUCGGCUUCAGCGAUCCUUUGGAAUCCGACGAACCAUUCAACAUUGUACCAGUUUCCGAACUGUCGGUAGUGGAACCAAUUGCGGAAGCCACAGAGAAAGGUGAAACUGCAUCGCUGAGCUUCAGCACAGAAAACACGAGUUCAUGGCUUCGGGAACACAACAUGGACGCCGACAUUCACUCGUACGCGAGGGCGAGACUUCUCAGACAAGACGAAUACUUCUUCCGCAUUUGGCACUAUGCUAAGAAGCUCUUCGAAUAAGCAUUUUUACGAUUUUAUUGUGGAGAAAGUGGGAAACGAACCCGUUCGUUCUUCUUCUUAUCAAGGACCAUAAGAAAUUUAACUCAUAAGACACCAAGAAAGAAAAAACUUAGAAAACAGUAGGGCACAGAAUUAAUUACCAAUUUUGUACGAUACGGAACAUAAAUCUUUCUUUUUCUCUAAAGAGAAUUCGAAUCAGGUGUAUUUAUACGAUUUUCUUCUUUCACGAAGUUUUUACUACACGAUAAAGAGAUAUAUGGUGAAGAGAUUGGGAAACGAACUUGUUCGUUCUCCCUCCUACCGAGGACCAUAAGAAACUUAAGUCAUAAGACACGAAAGAAAAUGAAUUAUGGAAACAGUAGAGCAGUUUCAAUGAUCAAUUUCAUACGAUAUAGAAACAAAAUCUGUCUAUUUUCCAAAGAGAAUUCGAAUCGGGUGUAUUUAUACGAUUUUCUUCUUCCACGAAGUUUGUAUACAGUUAGAUAACGACUUCUGAUAUGUACGAUUUUCGAUGUUUCAUCGUAUUAGAAACAAAGAACGAUGUAUCGUUGAAUUGUUCCUCCCUAGAAUCGAACGUGUAGCGGCUAGAUUUAAACUAAGAAUCGAUGAUACUGGAUGGGUGUAGAAUCUAGUCAGCGUAGAGUAAUGUAUUUUUUCUUUUUUUUUUUCUUUCAACGGACCAAGACUUCCUCACGCAUACUUGGAAUUGAUACGGGGAGCCGAAGGGUGCCGUUUAGCUCUUCCGGUUCCCAAAAUAUACGCCGUCUCUUCGUAGCCGUGUCGUUGGAAAUUCGAGUCGAAUAGACAGGAUACAUCGCCAUGUUCGUUUUCUUCAAAGAAACCAAGAAAUAGUAUAAAAAUUUCUAACAUGGACGCUUGCAGGUCCAAUUUAAGACAAUAGAAUAGUCUGGUACAUGCGUGUGUUUUUAAUUGACCUCAUGUUUGAAUUCUCUUCGAUAAAAUAUUAUUAUAAAAGUAACAUCAAUUUUAUUAAUUUUAUUAGAUCGGUGGUACACUUAUUUCAGAAUUUUACCAAAGAGGACCCAAUCGUGUGAAAGAAUAAUAUACUAAUGAAAAGUAGACUCAUGCCUGCAUCAGACUAUAUCAUUGCUCUAAAUUACACCUGUAUCGAAAGUCUUUACGAUGAUUUCUUUUGAAAUACACAUUUUAUCUUAAUAUUAAUAUUUAAAUAAACAAAAGCAUUAAAGAUUUAUUAAAACCCAUCGUAAAGCUUUCAGUAUACCGUUUCUUUGUUUCAAGACUCCAUUAAAAUUUAACGAGACGUUCAUUGAUAAGAAGAAAGGUGAAUCGAAUCGACCCGUCGUUCGGGCGAAUUUCCAGUUACGCGAAUGUAAGAAAGAAUCGUCCUAACUUCCUCGAGAUUCCUUUUCAUACAAAGAAUGCUCUGAUCGAGCUAAGGAAACCCCAUCAACCCCCGAGACUCUCGGAGAAUGUGAUAAUCGAUCGCUGGUAAAUCGAGUACCUUGCGCAAUGAAGUGAUUUAAGAACGACUAAGGAUAUACGUAUCCCCCUCACAAAAACCCCUUGAAACCAUAUCCACCUAUAUUCCUCCCCAAUGUCACAGAUGUCCUUUGUAUUUAUAUUAUCGCGAACGGAAAGCAGCGCUCAGUUACACACCCGAGUUUGCGAGGAUUACUUUUAGUAUUUAUUCGUAAUUGUAAUAAUGUAUAUUUUAUUGUUACUUGUUACCAUUACCGUUAUGAUAAUUCUUAAUAAAUUGCCGUCGGUAUCGGUGCCGACGUUGAUGCGACUGGUCGAUAAAGACUAGAAUUACACAACGAAGAAAUGCCACGCGCGGUUGGUGUCGCGAGACGUGCAAAAUAUAGAUGCAAAAACACCAUCAAAACAUUUCACCAACGACGCGUCGCAUACUUCACGUUAUAUACAGUAAGACAUUUUGCGAAUUAAAUUAUUGCAAAUCGUAUGGUUUGGUGUUUCUAUAUUAAACGAACCUGAUUAUUGAAAGACCUUACCACUUAUCCUCAAAAUGUGAAUACUACUUCAAUGGGCAGAAAAUCGAUAAGAUUUUCGUAACAAUUAAUAUUCUACCUUCUUUUGUAAACAAUUCACAUUACUAUCCUUGUGAAAUAUAUUUUCAAAUUCAACUCUUUACAAUUGUAGUUUUUAAAGGUGGUAAUUUUUAUAAUAGCCGUAUUUGUGAGAAUUGUCUUUUAAUAGCAAGCAAUUAGUCAAUCAUAAGGAAAGCGCGAUUCAAAGUUUCUAGGCGUAAAACAAAAUUUUUAACGAAAACAUAUGUAUUGAUGACUUAAGGAGAGAAGCCACCUACACGCGAGAAAAUCUAAGCGAUAUUCAACAAUUCUCUUUUCGAAAACAAUCGAUUUAAUAAAAGAUCUAUUUACUCGGGA